GUAUUCGUGUACCUCACAGAUGGUCGCACACUUGUUGGUCAAUUGAUGGGAUAUGAUCAAGCAGCAAACGUUAUUCUCGGACAAACACAUGAAAGGAUAUUUUCAUCAACAGAACCCAUGAAGUCAGUACCUAUCGGUGUAUAUGUCAUUCGUGGAGAGACCAUAGCAAUCAUUGGCGAACUGGACGAGGAACUGGAUGGGGCGACGGAUUAUGAGAAUAUGUUAGCUGAGCCGCUGGAUCCAAUAAAG